AUGUCUCUUUCUCCACCUCUCUACUCGCUGGAUGGAACCCAGAUAGACAUGGCGGGGCAGCGCCGAAGUGAAAACAACAUUCUUUUGGACCCCUUGAAGGUUCCAACUGCAGUAGAAGCUCCAAACAAUGUAAUCCUAAUUAUUGUUGAAAAAAAUGGUAUCUUUCUCAUUGCUACAUGCAACGAAGAAGCUCCUCCUCUUUUGAUCGUGGAGUUCCUUAACCAGGUUGUCCUGGUUUUCGAGGAUUACUUCGGGAAUAUCGGAGAGUCAGUUAUUGUUGAUAACAUUGUUUGCGCGUCUGAGCUUUUGGAUGAGAUGCUUGACAACGGAUUCCCCCUGACGACUGAGCCAAAUAUCCUCAGAGAGCUUAUUAAGCCACCUAAACUUUUGCGAUCGAUUGCGGAGGUAGUGAUAGGCCGGCCUGUCGGUGGGGUUACGUCGACUUUGCCCGCCAAUCAGUUGACCAAAUUACGGUGGCGUCGCGCUGGUGUCAAGUACACCACUAACGAGGCCUUCUUCGACGUUACCGAGUGUGUCAACGCUAUCAUUGAUCGGUCGGGGAAUAUUCUUCUCGCUGAAGUUGAGGGAGCAAUUGACUGCACCAUUCAUCUCUCGGGGACGCCGGAUCUGACGCUUAGUUUUAACAAUCCUCGAUUGCUAGAUGAUGUCGGUCUUCACCCCUGCGUUCGUUAUUUCCGGUGGGAGAAGCAGAGGAUACUUUCCUUCAUUCCACCAGAUGGAAAAUUCCGGUUGUUCACUUAUUUUAUUCCAAACCUCAGUUCAAUAUCCCUUCCGAUUGCACUGAGGCACAAUAUUUCCCUCAAGGCUGUUGGCAGCCGAUUCGAGCUCUCCGUAUCUCCAAAGUCAACGGCCGGACGACCGCUGGAGAAGGUGAAGGUUAGCGUGGUGAUGCCGUCAGAAGUUAGCAGUGUCAACGUGACUCCCUCUCUCGGAAAGUCCAGUUUUGAUACGGUAACCAAGAUACUCACCUGGGACGUGGGCCAUCUAGAGACUCAAACCUACCCCUCCCUUAAGGGCUCGGUAACGCUGCACAGUGGUUAUACACAGGUCUCCACAGCACCCGUUGUUAAUCUCCAGUUCGAGUUUCCUCAAUGUCUGGUAUCCGGCCUCCGUGUUACCAGAUUGGAAAUGCACGCUGAGGUUCGAUAA